AUGCAACCUUGGAAUAGUCUCACAUAUCAGCCUCAUCUGCUGCACCAGCGCUUCCGAACGCCCUCGAAUUUGACCUCUGCAGCCCAACCAUUCGCCUCUAACCCCCCUUGCCGUACGCCGAUUCCCCCAUCCACGGGCCAGCUUACGCACCCCACGCCCCAGAACUCGCUCACGCCCCCCCAAUUAUCGUCCUGCUCCUCCGCGAGCGUGUCCUCUCUGUCUUCGUCCGCGGCAUAUCCCCUCCUUUCCUGCACCGGGAACAUUCUCCCCUCGUCUGAGCCUCAAUCCUAUAGCAGGUUCGACAAGUUCGACUCGCCGACUGGUAUGUACCAGCUUGUGCCAGGGCCCUGCACCAUUAAGCGCGACGACCCGCGUAUCUCUACUGUCGCCGUUGGUGUCUCAGUAGCACCAUCGCCUGCCGCCUCUGCGGUUGACUGCCAUUGCACAGCUUCCGACGCGCAUGGUAUACUCGAUGGCUACUCGACCAACACGUCGCCGGCUUGUCGUCUCUUACUUGCGGCCGCAGAGCCACUGAAAAUGCGCAUCCUCUCCUCUCCUUACCCAGCGACGGCCGAAUACCUCCCGCAUGCUCGCAUGCAGGGGCAGAACCAGAUGCAGCAGCAUACACGGAUCCCCAACGUGUAUAUCAACGGGCUGCCACCGAAUUUCCCUGAAGAUCAGCUGUACGCGAUAACGCGUGAGUUUGGAACCGUCCUCAGCGUGCGUACGUUUACACGCUAUGGGAUCGACAAGCUUUCCCCUUCCGACCUCCAGCGAAUCCACUAUAUUCCCAACAUGAAUACCCCAGGUACCCAUGCACCGGACUCGUACAAGGCGCAGUCGACGCAGGACUUAUCGUCAACAAAUUUGUACAUGCAGGACCUGCCUCUCAGCACUGAUGAGACCGAUCUGGCGGUGCUCGUGCGUCCGUACCGAAUUAUAAGCAGUCGAAUCUUCCGGACCCGGUUGAGUAAUCCUCCGGGCAUCAUUGCAUUUGCCAGAUUGGAGACGCGUGCGGCGGCUGAAGAGAUUAUUGAGCGAUUGGAUGGUAGGAUGGUAUACGACGAGCACGCGACGCCGCAUAGGAUCCAGGUUCGAUUCGCGGAUACGAACGAGCAGCGGAAGUUGAAGCGCGCACAAUACUUCAUUGGUAGAGAACCGUCCUUGGCCCCAUUCACCCUAUCGCAAGCUGCGAACGUCAACUUAAAGCACUCCCAUUUUAACCCUUUCUUGCCUCAAUUUCUUCAAUCGGGCCUAGACCUGGACAUGAAUGCCAGCCCUUGCCUCAUGUCUGAUAGGCAUCUGGUCGCGCGGGGGAAGAGUGUAAUACCUCCGCUACUGCAUGAGAGUGGUAUGCGUCAGCGCCAGCAGCUUUUUGCACGGGCGGACAACAAUCUGCCAGAGCUUGUGACAGUGCCAGAUCCAAAUGAUGCUCUCGGGAACCAUGCUGCAUAUGCCACCCGAGCUCUUCACGAUAUGCAGAACCUCCCAUAUGCGGAUUCACACCUGUUUGAUGCCGAGGCACACAUGCAAACCGCGAUGAGUAUCAAUAUGUCAAACCCAUUCCGUGCACACAACCACUUUAAGCGCAUGGAAGGACCCAUCGUGCGGGAACACGUCCAACAGCAACAAGCACAGCUUGCCCAGCAUGCCGUCCAGGAACGACCUUGCAGGCCCUCCAAUUUAAUGGCUUGCUCGAAUGUGUCUCAGGACGAUUUUAUGGCGAGCACCGUGGGUGCUCACCAUUACGUCGCUACAGACUUCACUAGACCUAGACAUGUUGGCCGCCAUAGGAAUGGCCUCAAUUUCGGUCUCAAGAAUGACUUCAAGCAGGUUCAUUUCCCUCGUGAGCAGCACCAACAGUACCAGACGCAUGCGUUGUAG